ACCAUCAACCUCCUGCAAGCAGUCGCGGUUCGCGGCAUCACCCAGGCAUAAUAUGGUUCCGGUGCUCGAGUACGGUAGACCAUCUCGAAUCUCCUGAUGCUCACCCGAACCUAACCAAGAUCCAUUAAAGCCCAAGCCAGAUAGAUCAUCCACCCACUCAAUCCGUCAUCCUUCCCUCCUCAUACUCGUACACACACAAAAACGAACGAAAGCAAAACCCACCCCCAUGUCCACAGACCAACAACCCCCCUUCUCCUCCGAGCAAGGCACUGGUAUGCUCCCUCGUGCCCAACUUCUAGCAGAAAAUCUGCAGACAGUCCUCCGGCGCAUCGACUCCCUCGCCCAUUCUCCAAAUUCGGUUUGUCCCAUCUUCCCUUGCCCGCCCUUCCCGUAGAGGUCGACAGAGGUCCGUUCGGACUGCGUCUAACGCGACUGGUGGUCGGCUGGCUGACCGGUUAGCACAUUUGCAGGUCCGGUUGGUGGCAGUAUCAAAGUUGAAACCCGCUACCGAUAUUCUAGCGAUACACGAGCGGACGGGGCACACGCAUUUUGGGGAGAAUUAUUCGCAGGGUAUGAUAUCCUUUCUACAAUGCCGGAUAGGGGCAAUAGGUAUGGGGGGUUGAUGGGUCGUUAAACACAACAGAACUCCUGGAGAAGGCAGCUAGCUUGCCGACGGCUAUAAAUUGGCACUUCAUCGGCGCCCUCCAAACGAACAAAUGCAAGCACUUGGCUGAGAAGGUUCCAAACCUCUGGGCCGUCGAGUCCGUAGACACUGCCAAAAAGGCCGAUGCCUUAGAAAAGGGCCGCGCUGCCUUACUCUCCACCUCCCCCUCCACCCCAAAACUCCGGGUCUAUGUCCAAGUCAACACUUCCGGUUCUUCACCCCUACCUCUCUCAUAACUAGUGGAGACAAUGGGGCUAAGCUAUCCUACAGGUGAAGAAUCCAAAUCUGGCUGCCAACCCACCGCGGCUUCAGCACUGGCAAAGCAUAUUCUUGCAGAGUGUAAGCAUUUAACCUUGCAGGGAUUGAUGACCAUCGGCGCUAUCGCGAGAUCCCAAGAGUCGGACACUCCGAACGAGGAUUUCUUGACGCUAAAGAGGGUGAGGGAUGAAGUUGCGAAGGAGGUUGGCAUACACUCGGAAGAGCUGGAGUUGAGCAUGGGGAUGAGCGAGGAUUUUGAGCAAGCGGUCGGUUUGGGUGCUUCGAACGUUCGGUAUGAUUUUUCCUCCCUUUCUCUCGGGUGCCGAUGGGAAGAUUACCGGGGAGGGGUCGCUAAUUCUCACGAUGCCUGUAGGGUCGGGACUACCAUUUUUGGACAGAGACCACUGAAGAAGGAUGCUGCUGUCAGAAGGGGUGAAGCGAGCGAGCUGACGGCUCAAACAGGCACACCUGGUCCAAGCUAAAUUAUCCCCCGAGCCCAAACGCCUAGAGCAGGGCAUGCCGAGGACAUAGCAGCACGCUCAAUGUCCGCGCUUAUAACCCCACCACCCGGGUGCACAAAAUCCCUGGGAUACUCACCGGGUUGAAUUAGAUAAACGAAAAAAGUUGAAUGAAAAUCCACAAAAAGUGAAAGGUAGAUUAAUUACAUCGCAGGUUAACCUGCGGUCACCGCCGCUGCAACAAGCCCUCUCUUUCCCCCAUCCCUGGAGCUGAGGCGCUGCACCGCGAAUGAGUGAAAUCCUUUGCCGUCCGCCGCCAUCCCGAGUCACAUGUUCGGGCGCCGCCCAAUGAAAUACCCACACACACACACACACAGAGCCCAUUGCCAAAACAUUAAACACAUACCAGGAAAAAUCUAUAUCAAAAGCAAUCCCACCGUCCCAGCUCAACAAAUUAAUUGACUGGGGACGCUGCAAACGAGAAGGAGAUGUAAAAACUGUUGGCAGCGCAUCUAAAUAUUGCUGUCUCAUUCCCCAUUACUAUGGUCCGGUGCCGGCGAUCCCAACGAUAGCCUGUCUUCCAUGACCCUGAGCAUUGGCGGAGGUACCUUCUCGUCCGUUGCUCGGAUGGUGAGCCGGUACAUCUGGGAUAUCGUUAGCUGUGACGCUGCGGAAGCGUGAAUAUGGGGCAGCAAUACCUUAGUCUCCAUAUUUGGCUCCAGCCUCAAGAGACAACCAAACUUUCCACCAGUAGUGUGCAACACACUUGCCCCAACAAAAUUCUUCUUGUUAGGAUCCACGCCGUCCAGUACACCCCAUCGGAAGCCCUCAAGGACCUUCCUGGUUCUCGAUAGCUCAAUCGUGUGGCCCUUGAUCGCUACUCCGAAUACCUUCUGGGCCUCACGGGCUCCCCCAAUCUGCUUCCACCUCUUGAAAAAGUCCUCAGACGACAAUUCCGCCGGCUCCAUGAACUUUGUAAGGAUCACAGGUAGUUUGAGUGUCAAAGCUUGUAAUGCACCGGCAAGGUAAGAAAUGCGUAUUGUUGGCGCCUCGGGAAAGACGCCAGUACUCUCCAACAUUAGGGUUUGUUGGAUCUGGCUGUCCGCGGGGACAAUAGGAUCGGGCGUGUUUUGCGUGUUGAUGGUUACCAGUCCAGGGGAGUUAUUAUUAAUUGUACUUGUAAAAGAUCCUAUUGCUACGGAAGAUUUGUUGGUGUAGUAUAGGAUCACACAACCCAUGUUGGUGCGGUAUUCCGAGCGCAGUCCGAUUUGGAUCUGCACGUCCUCGUACAAAACGCCUUCCGAACGAAUGACCAGGCGGUUAUAGCCAAGAUGCCAGUCAGGGCUCAGGUGAGUGGUACUUGCGAGAUUGAUGGCUGCCUUUUUUGGGGGUUCGUCAUUCAAAUCUAAACCAGCAAGCUCCUGAGCCGGAGCGAGCGUUCCUGUUCUCGAAAGGCUUGGCAAGCUACCGUCAGCAGUAGUGGGAGUGGCAGCACCAUUCGUGAAGGACCGCUUAAGCCCAGUGUUGAGAGUGAGGGCGAAUUCCUUUUUGUCCGUGUUCGCAUCCUUGCCCCCGAUGACCCACGUUCGUUUAUCGCUCGUCCCGGCAUGUUUCUGGUGAAGUCGGGACAAGAGUGCCGAUGUUCGCUCAGGAAAUGGGGGCAUCUCAUCGCACACCGUACGCAGCAGAUCAUCGGACGGAAGCGAUGCUAGCGCUAAGUACUCGCAAGCACGCUGCUGAAGCUCAGGGUCAAGUGUGUGGCUGUAAGCGUUGAAUACUUGCAUCAACUGGGGUUUUAUUUCGGGAAACAAGUUGAUGAAUUUUAUAUAAGAUGAUAAAAGGAUCGCUCGGGUGGCGGAGGAGCAUCCGUUAAACUUUGACUGAAGGGCCAUGAACUGUUCAAUCGGGCUACAGCCCGGAUUAUCGGCAAUCAAAUGCCCAAAUUCUCCCAACAAGUAGCCCCCAAUCUUAACCAACGUUUCGUGACACUGCAUGCCCUUUACAUGUUGCAAGAUAUUCUGGGCGGCAUACACUUGCAGCUCUUCAUUGUUUGUGACAAUCUGGAUCACUCGUUGCCAUACCUCAUCGCUCACAUGGUCGCCGGCCAUGCUGAUCAGCCUCAGUGAGAUAUCAACAUACCACUGAAACUCGGUAGCAUAUUUCUCCGUGAGUAUCGCGAUUUUGAGUACCAUUUCCUCCCGGAUGGCAAAGUCGGCACUUUGCAGGUAUUUUAACAAUUCGGAGACAAUGGGUUGAGAGUUGGUUGGGUCGCACAUGCUAUAAAGGAGAUCCAGCGCCUUUCUUCGUACACUGAUAUCGCGAUCCCGAAGGGAGGCUAUGAUUGUGCUCUGGUGUUUUUUUAUAGGCUCUAGAGUCUCCGAUCGAGCGGCAAGAUGUGUCAUUGCUUCAAGUCCCAGAUAUCGCACGUUGGUCUCCUUCGAAACAAUAAACCUUCCUAAACGCACAGCAAUCUGUGUCAUGAGGCCCGUUUCCGAGUCUAGAUGGAUUGCAAGGUUGAUAGCCUCGAACAGAACAGCGUUCUGUGCAUUAUUCUGCUGCACAUUUUUCGGAGCAUCGGAGGCCGUAUCAAGGAUUCUUUGUAAAGAUUCCCGGAUCAUACUUUGUGUGUUUAUGUCGUCUACUAGAUGGUUUAGCUUGUGAUGCCCGAUACCAUCUGAGAAUAAUACCUGAUGGGGGGUAAUAUUGCAACAAGCGCAAGAGCUUGACCUGAAUCCACGGGCAUGGAACCUUGUAAUAGACGUAAUCGGGCGUAUACUCAUUAUCGACAACCACCCGUUUUAACCUGUGCGCUGCCUUGAUAUAACUGCCCUUAUACGCAUCCGGGUUGUCCUGGACCAAGGCCAUUACCAGGGAAGUGACCGAAAGAGCAACACCAAGAUCAGGGUCAUCCAUCAGCGAGAUUAUUCGCUCCGCCCAUUCGUUUUGGAUGAUGCCAGGGUAUUUCCGGUAAAGCCGGAGAAGUGUUAAGGCUGCCUUCUUUUUGACGAAUGAUUUCGAUGUCCUAUUUCCCAAGUCAGAUGAGGUAAUGCGGUCUCGGCGGAGGGGGGAGAUUACGGCGAGAUCAACAAUCGAUGAACGUCAGGACUCAAUGCCUCUCCCAUCUCACGACCUCCGACAUUUGCAAUGGCAUGCAGCGCCAGGCAGUUAUUCAACUCAUUGUGGUCCAGCAGAUCCUUCUUUAUGCUAUUCACAACCAAAUGCAGGAAAUCGUGCUUCUCGUUGAGGAAUAGAGUGACGGCCAGGUAUCCGAUCUGUUUCUCAGAGUACUUCGUAGCGGAGAUCAGGUUGACAGCUUCCAAAUGGCCGAAAUCGACAUUCCAUCCAAGAAUAUAGAUGUAGAGGAGCUAACAGGUCAGCACCGAGAACCGCCAAAGAGCUUACAAACAUAGCACCCUACCUUGCAGACAUAUUUCUUCUUGUGAUACCCAUUCAAGUUACCGUCUUUUUAAAAUACGUUAGCCACCGUCGCCAUGCUCUGGAUUCAAUUGCCUGCCUUUGAAUUUUUGCCUUGGGGGCCGUCAGUAACAGUUAGCAGAAGAGGGCAAUCGUAGACUAACCGUAUAUUCGCCAGUUCUUUGUUUAUCCGUUUCUCUUCCAGUUCUCUGGCUCGGGCAUUCCGUAAAUCGGCAAUAAAUUGCACCAAACCUAACCCCUAUUCUUCAGCAGCAAACUCAGCAACGGUUGCCAGUGGAACGUACCGCGCAUGGACGACAUUUUGGCAGAGGCCCAACGAGCAGGAGACGGUCGCGAUGGGGAUACUGGAAAUAGCUAGGGCAGCGAGGUUUUUGGGUUUGGGAUGCUUCACUCGGAUGACCGUGUCCAGCUCAGAAAUUCUGUUUCGACUUUGAGUUUGGAGAAGGAGGCAACCUAUGCUAGGUUAUGACACCGAAACCAGAUUCCAAAGAUUUCCGGGGGCUGUAUAGUAAUUGCUUCGGGGAGAGUAGUUUUCUGCCUG